AAAAACAUUCUAAUAAAAAAUUUAAAUUUGGUCUCGAGAGUCAAUCACACCGACUCACUACAGGACAAAAAUGAAUCGAUUCUUUCAGGAUUCGGUUCGUCCAUCACUGAACCAGCGCCAGAUGUUUCUUGUUUCACGAGCGCGAAUUCCUGUCAUUAAGGAGGAAACAGCAGCCCUAUGUCAUGGCGUGUGUGUGUGUGUGUGUGUGUGUGUGUGUGUGAGUGUGUGUGUGUGUGUGUGAGUGGGUGUGAGUGUGUGUGAGAAAUGCAGGACAGGGAUCAGGGGUCUACUAAAGAGCACCGCUGUCUUCCUCAGCAUUGUGAGUCUACCACUCUUGGAAGAAGUUUGUAGGUUCUUUGUCCUGGUCUGGUGGUCGCAGCUGGGGGCGAACAUGGAGCUGGUAAUGGGGAGGAGAAGGAGAAGGUUUCUCUCUGCUCUUCUGAGUGUGUGUGCGCUGUGGAGGAUCUGCUCUGCUUCUUCAGCUCACCAUAACAAGCAGCUGAAACUGCAGAAGGACCCAAAGGUCAUUGACAUUCUGCAAACUUUGAGCGACACACACUUCUCUCGAGAAAUCAACAAGGUCGAAGGUCACGACCCUGGCACUCCCGCUUGGCAUUUCCACUGCCGCACGCCUCACGUGACGCUCCCCCUGGACGUGAGUCGGCGUUUUGUGAGGGCGUGGCGCGGCUCGCUCGGUGUGUUCCUGGUGGCUCGGCAGGUCGGAGGUUCGGCGGCGACUCUGCUCUCUCUGAGCGCUCCGGGGAACGUUCCUCUCUUACGCCUCGUCUCCAACACACAGGAGGAUUUUCUCCAGCUGGAGAUUCGAACCGAACCUAGCAUGAAACCCGAGGUGCUCCGAUUCCCCGGAGGAAACCCGUUCUCAGGCGGGAAGUGGGCGAGGGUGGUACUGGGUGUGGCUCCGGGGUGGGUGUGGCUUUUCAAGGAGUGUAAAGAAGUUACAGUCCUGAGACUUACACACCAGGAACAACCUUUGACCCUUAAUCGUCCUCCUCACGGCGUCCGGGUAACCUUAGCGAGCACGGCAGAUGACAAAGCUAGCAAAUUUUACGGAUUAAUGCAGACUGCAGUGAUCUCCACCGAACCCUACGAGAAACGUCCGUGGCUCUGCAGGAACGUUAGCGACUCCGCCCCCAUUGGCCCCACCCCCUACACCUCUGUGGAUGUGAAGCAGGAGCUCCAGGACCAGCCGGAUCGCAGCUCGGUGCUCGGCCCCCCAGCGGCUUCGCGAGCCAGAGCAAUUGUCGGUGAACAGAGACGAGAACGAGUCAAGAACCUGGAGGAGAUACUGCACAACUUUACCACCAUGCUGGACUUUCUGAAACAACAGAAUGAGGACCUGCAGGUUCGGGUAAAGUAUUUGGAAUCGUGUGAGUGUGUGAGGAAGACCUGUACCUGGGAGAGCCGUGAGAUGGAAGAAGGAUCUCACUGGAGUAUUGAUGGGCGAACAGAGUGUUCCUGCUCCUCUGGGAAAGUCCAGUGUGAAACUUCAAAAAGAUGUGAGUAUGAUGGAGGUGUGUAUAAUGAUGAAGAAGUGUUUGUACCCAAAAGGAAUCCGUGCCUCAACUGCACCUGCACUGAUAGUGUAGUAAGAUGUCAGUCUAUACGAUGCCCCACCCCACAGUGUGCUAAUCAUUUUAAAAGACCUGGAGAGUGCUGUCCAAGAUGCUCAGUGUGUGGAAUAGAAGAGCGAAUCCACAACGUCUCCUACAGCACCGUGGACGGCUGCCAGACCUGCUCCUGUAGGAAUGGCGGCAUGUCGUGUGUUGACAGACAGAAUUGUCCUCAGUCGUGUGAGAAUGGAGUGAAGCCUCGGUUCGGCUCGUGCUGUCGCGACUGCUCUCGCUGUGAAUAUCGUGGUGAGGUCAUUCCUAAUGGAGUCAGUUUUCCAGACCAGGCUGAUGUGUGUAAACUCUGCGUGUGCUCUAAUGGGAACGUGGGGUGUAGCAAUGUACCCUGUCCUACACCUGAAUGUGGUUUGGUGGAAACCGUCAGUGGAGAGUGUUGUCCCAGGUGUCGAAGCUGCAUCCAUGAGGGAGUGAGGCACGAGCACGGCUCAAAAUGGCAGCAUCCUGGAGAACCCUGUCGUGUCUGCACAUGCUCAGAGGGACGUGUCGAUUGUUCCACAGAGAAGUGUAACACCGAGUGUAGAGACCCGACGCCUUCUCAAGGAACCUGCUGUCCAUCCUGUGAGCGUUGCUCUCGGAAUAGACAGAAUUUUCUGAACGGAGAACCGGUUCCGAGUAAUAAUCGAUGUGAGCGUUGUGUAUGUGAAAAUGGAAAUAUUAACUGUCAGCCGCUCCCCUGCCCCGCCCUCAACUGCCCUCAUCCAAUUAGGAGAAACGGAGACUGUUGUCCAAAGUGUGAACAGUGUAAUUAUGAGUCGGAGGUGUAUUCAGAUGGACAGAACUUUACUUCCAAACAGAAUCCCUGCUUGACCUGUCAGUGUUUAGCCGGGGAGGUUGUGUGUGAGAAUACAGAGUCUUUGUGUUCCUCUCUACAAUGUACACACCCCACAAGACAGCGUGACACCUGCUGCCCCACAUGCAACUCUUGUGAAUAUGAGAGGAGAGUAUACGCUGAUGGUGAGGUGUUUAAACCAGCGGGAAACGGACCCUGCCUUGAGUGUGUGUGUGAGAGAAAUGUAAGAUGCCAUCAGGAAAGAUGUCCCAAAGUCAGAUGUGCAAACCUUGUCAGAGAUCCCCAUGUCUGCUGUCCUGUGUGUAAAGAUUGUGUGUUGGACGAUGUUGAAUAUGAACACAAGGCCGAGUGGGAUUCUGAGGACACGCCCUGCACCAGGUGCUCCUGUACAGAGGGGAAAGUUCGGUGUUCAGUAAAAGAGUGUCCUCUUCUGUCCUGCCGCCAUCCAAACAAAGAGACAGGAGAAUGUUGUCCAGUGUGUAAUCACUGUUUCUACAACCAGCGUGUUUAUGAAAAUGGGCAGACGUUCUUCGACCCAGACGACACGUGUAACAGCUGCACCUGUCAGGAUGGCUCAGUGCGCUGCAGUGUAGUGGAAUGUCCCCCGGUUUCCUGCUCCAACCCGUACACCGCACCUGGAGAGUGCUGUCCUCAAUGUCCAACCUGUGGAGUUCAGAAGCAGGUGUAUGUUGAUGGUGACACGUUUGCAAACCCGGCGAACCCGUGUGAGGAGUGUGUGUGUCGAGGAGGACGAGUAGACUGUCAUCAGCAGUGUCCCAGACCCAACUGUCACUAUCCUGUCACUGGGACCUGCUGCCAGAACAACUGCAAUGGAUGCAGCUACGCGGGUAAAGAUUAUCCGAACGGAGCCGAGUUCCCUCAUCCUACAGACUCAUGCAGGGAAUGUCACUGUCUCAAUGGUAAUGUGCAGUGUAGGAUGAGUCGAUGUCCUGCGGUACACUGCAGCGAACCCACAAUACCACAGGGGCAGUGCUGUCCUCAAUGUCCAGCGCCCCCUGCUGAUUGUGUUUAUGAAGAACGAUUGUACAGACACACACAGCGCUUCUACCACCCUACAGACAGCUGCCAGCUCUGCUCCUGCACCAAUGGCACAGCGAGUUGCCACCAUAAGCCCUGCCCCGCUGCCCCCUGCCCCCACCCCAUCCUACAGGAGUGUUGUCGCACGUGUGAUGGAUGUUUGUAUAGAGGUGUAGAACGUGCUAACGGAGAGCAGUUUGCGGAUGUGUCGGACCCCUGUGGGAGGUGUGUGUGUCGUGAAGGCAGGGUGACCUGCGAGAGACAACCCUGUCCCCAAAUCACGUGUCCAUUUCCUGUACAGAGAGAAUGCUGCCAGAGCUGCGAUGGUUGUCACUAUGCUGGUGUGGAUUAUAUAAGUGGACAGGAGUUCCUGGACCCCUCCGAUCGCUGUAAGCACUGCACGUGUAUAAAUGGUGAUGUGACCUGCAGACAGAAACCCUGCUACAACCCGGGCUGUACUCACCCAGCGCCCUCUCCUGGACACUGCUGCCCCGUGUGUGAUGCCUGUUUCUACGAAGGAGAGAUUGUGUUAGACGGACAAACACAACCAGACAGAACAGAUCCGUGUUCAGAGUGCACAUGCAGGAGAGGCUCGGUGCAGUGUGUGAGCAAAGUGUGUGCUGCUGUACAUUGUUCCAAUCCAGUCACUGGAUCAUGUGGUUGUCCUGUUUGUGAAGGUUGUUCCUUCAGAAGACAAGUUUAUGAAGAUGGAGAAGUUUUCCAUGCACCUAAUUCAGAGUGUGAAGAGUGUACAUGUACUAAAGGUGAGGUGAGAUGUACCCCGAAGUCAUGCCCCUCUGUGUCGUGUUCUCACCCCACUGUGGACGGUUGUGGGUGUGCAGAGUGUAACAGCUGCACGUUUCACAGACGUGAGUGUGUGAACGGAGAACACUUUCCUCAUCCUGAAGAUAACUGCCAGAGAUGCACCUGCAUGAAUGGUCACGUGUCGUGUUUAGCUGCACCGUGCCCCACGGUGUCGUGCAGGAGGCCGGUGCGACCCACGGGGUCUUGUUGCCCCGUUUGUACAGGUGUGUGUGAGCACAUGGGGCAGGAGUACAACAGCGGCUCCAGCUUCACCCCCUCGACUGACCCCUGUCUAACCUGCACCUGUCUGAAUGAAGUUGUAUCAUGUCAGAGGAAGUCGUGUCCUCAGCAGUGCACACACCCUGCACGUUACUCAGAGUGCUGCCCUGUGUGUGACACAUGUUUGUAUGAGAGUGUGCAGCACACUCACACACAGACGUUCAUUGCGGCGUCUAACCCGUGUCUGCGCUGCGUGUGUGUGCACGGGAGUGUCACCUGCACGCAGCUCACCUGUCCAGCACUCACCUGCUCUAAUCCAGUCACUCCUUCCGGACAGUGCUGCCCCCAGUGCAGAGUGUGUGUGCAGAACGGUGCUGAGUACAGAGAGGGGGACAUGUUUCGUCUCCUUGGGGACCAGUGUUCUCAAUGCAUCUGCCAGAAUGGUGAGGUGAUAUGUGCAGGGUCUCAGUGUCAAAAGUUAAAUUGCAUGAACCAGGUUACUGAUCCAGGCUCCUGCUGUCCAAGAUGCCGAGGGUGUGUGUAUGAUGGAGUUGAACACACUGAGAGCAGUACCUGGUUUGCCUCCUCUGGUCCCUGUAUGUCCUGCAUGUGUGUGGACGGAGUGACCACCUGCUCUGAGAUCCAGUGUCUCUCUCCCUGCAUCAACAAGAUCAGUGUUCCUGGGGAAUGUUGUCCUCUGUGUGCAGACUGUAUCUAUGAAGGUCGUGUGUAUGGACCAGGGGAGAACUUCCAUCCAUCAGAUGACCCUUGUCAGAUUUGCACAUGUGAGGUGAUGUCAGAUGGACAGCAGCACCUGCGCUGUUACAGAAAGCAGUGUCCCCGUCUGGUGGACUGUCCCAAAAACUAUAUCAUGUUCACUUCUCCUGACUCCUGCUGUCCAGUGUGUGCACAGCCUCUCAGUAUCUGCACAGAAGCGAUGAUAGGAAAUGAGGUUCUCGCUACAGACGACCCGUGUUUCACCUGCCAGUGCAAGGAUCUAACAUGGACAUGCAUCCAUAAACCCUGUCCCUCACUCAGCUGUCCUCCUGAUGAUCAGUACACACCACCCGACUCCUGCUGUCCUGUCUGUGAUGCGUGUGUGGUGGAGGGAGGGAGACGACACGUGAAAAAUGGACAGAGCUGGACUGAUAGUGAAGACGAGUGUAUCACCUGCUCCUGCAAACUGGGACAUAUUGAGUGUAAUAUAGAGGAAUGUGGGCCGCUUGUGUGUGAGGUCGGACUGAUGAAGGUCAAAAUGCUCGGAAAAUGCUGUUACGAAUGUCAAGAUGUCCGGGCUCAGUGUGUGUAUGAGGGACAGGUGUAUGAUUCUAAUGAACAGUGGGAUGUGGACGAAUGCACGUCCUGCACGUGUGUGUCUGGAGACGUGCAUUGCAAAACUGAGAGAUGUCCACCACUGUCCUGUGCUUCUGAUGAGACUCCGUCUGUGAUUCCCGGGAUGUGUUGUCCUCGCUGUAUCCCACGUCCUGCCACAUGCAUUGUGUUUGGAGAUCCUCACUAUCGCACAUUUGAUGGCAAGAUGGUGAACUUCCAGGGAACGUGUACCUACGUGUUAGCUCAGGAUUGUGAAGGUGGAGAUUUCAGUGUUCAUGUGACGAACGAUGAUCGUGGGCGUAAGGGCGUGUCCUGGACUAAAGAGGUGACGGUGUAUAUCAGGGAUGUUGUGAUCCAGCUGCUGCAGGACUGGGUGGUGAAGGUCGAUCAUGAAACCGUCACGCUGCCGUUUCUUAAAGAACCAUAUAUUUACCUGGAGCGCAAAUCCAACACCAUCCUCCUCAACACUAACGUUGGUGUGAAGGUGUUGUGGAACGGACGUUCUCACCUGGAGGUCAGUGUUCCUGGCACAUAUAAGCAGCACAUGUGUGGUCUGUGUGGAAACUUCAACAAUUAUCCUCAGGAUGACAUGCGGCUGAGGAACGGACAGAUCAGCAGCUCAGAGGCGGCAUUCGGAAACAGCUGGAAGGUGAGCGGCGGGAACAACGCAAGCGCUCGGUGCGAGGACGCGAGGAACAUCGACCCGUGUAAAGAGGCGGGAUACUCCUUCCGCAAAAUGGCAAACGGUCGCUGUGCGGUCCUAAAGUCCGCCGUGUUCGAGCGCUGUCACAGAGUGGUGCCUCCUGAGAUGUUCUUUGCCUCGUGUGUGUACGACCUGUGUGCAUGUGCAGCUAACGCAGACGAGUGCUUAUGUGAUGCUCUGGAGGCGUACGCUUCUGAGUGCCGUGAGGCCGGAGUCGUCUUACAGUGGAGAUCACCGUCCCUCUGUGCUGUGGGCUGUCCUGUGGAUCGUGGUUAUGUUUUUGAUGAAUGCGGACCUCCGUGUCCUAAAACCUGCUUGAACAAGGACGUUCCUCUGGGCGUGAUCGAGGCACACUGCUUUAAGCCAUGUGUCCCAGGCUGCCAGUGUCCUGCUGGACUGGUGGAGCAUGAAUCCCACUGCAUUUCCCCAGAAAAAUGUCCCAAAAUCAUCCACGGAAAUCCCUGACCUCCAUCAGAUCUCCUGUAAUUUCUCAGGACCUGAAACCUCACCUAUCUACUGUGUAGCUCUUUAACCAAAGUGUUGCAUUAUAGGAAAUGUACCUGCUGUCAUUCAUUCAUUUUCUUACAUAUGGUGCUCAAUAAUAUAAAGUUAAAGCAGCAGUAUGUAAUAUUUAGAGCUGUAACAUUCACCACACUGACGCACUUCACUCGGUCCUUCACACACACACACACACACACACACACACUCACACACACACUGAUCAUUACUUAUUAUCUCUAUAUUAUUAUUAUGGGUUGGGGCUAAUCUUCACAACCAGAAAUUGAACAAACCUGGAGGUUAAGAGUCUUAGAGACUGUAUGUAUAUGGAACUGCUGGAUUAUUCCAGAUGUGGGAGCAGCUCAAUGUUACAAACUGCACCUCUAAACUCAGGUGAGAAGUCAAUUCCAGGAAAUAUGUUAUGAUCGAAUGUAAAGCAGCUGGUAAUGGAGAGGGUUUUUAAACAGUAUCAUAUUUAAUCCCUAAAAGUGUCAUAAAUAAACUGGUGCUAAUUUUUAAUUUAACCACUGCACUGCAGGGGGCGCUGUAUCAUUGCUGACCCUGUGCUCUGACUCCAGCUUCCUAACAUUACUGGGGUAUGCAGAAAAAAAAUCUUUACUGUCCUGUAAAAUACAUGUGACAAAUAUAAAGCACAUUUCUUUUCUUUCUUUUUCUAUUUUUGUACUAAAAAAGUGUAAACAUAACAAUUAACAUUGAACUGUUUAUUUAGUUACCAAGAACCUGCUUUUUCACAGUCAUGAUUUAUCUUCACUAAAAUAUUCACAAACUCUUUUUCUCCAACACUUUUCUAGAGUGUAAACUCUAAAAUCCAACAAUUGUAGCUGCAAACUCAGGGUGCAGUCGAUAAACACUGCUACGUGAACUCGUUUGUUUUACACACUUUUCAUCAAGAGUACAUUUCAAUCCUAAAUCUAAAAUUAUAAUUAAAUAUUUUAAAAUA